UCACGAUUACAAAAUGCUCCUGACAGUCUACGGCGCACUACUUCUCUGGAGAAUCGACGGUGUCGUUGAAAGCACAAAAGUAGUGAAAAGCAGUAUGCGGUAUCAGACGACAUCACCGCUAAGCAGAGUGGGGCCAACAGCGUCGCUCCGUGAUAGUGAGCCUAAUUUUGUUGGUCCCAUUGAAAACGUAACGGUUGCUCUGGGCAGAGAAGCCGUGCUUACUUGUUCCGUUUCCGACAUCGGCGAUUAUAAGGUGGCAUGGAUAAGAGCUGAUGACCAGACUAUACUCACGUUACACACGCGGCUGGUGACUCACAGUUCUCGCUAUGCUGUCACUAACGAUUCUCCGGACUCCUGGCAACUGCACAUUCGACCCUUGAAGGUUGAAGAUCGAGGUUGUUACAUGUGCCAGAUUAACACAAGUACCAUGAAGAAGCAGAUAGGCUGUGUUGAUGUUCUAGUUCCACCAAACAUAGUAGACGAAGGUACGAGUGGAGAUGUAGUUGGUCGAGAGGGCACAGACGUCAGUAUAUCGUGUAAAGCUGACGGGAGACCCUUACCGCGCAUACUGUGGAGGCGAGAAGACGGCACAAACAUACAACUGAGAAAUGACGUCGGAGAACUUUAUAAAGUUGAUAUCUACACGGGGUCUUCACUAAAUCUCACGAAAGUGGAACGCCGACAGAUGGGUGCUUACCUGUGUAUAGCGUCCAAUGAUGUGCCCCCGUCCGUCAGUAAGCGGAUAAUGUUGAGUGUAAACUUUGGCCCUUCCAUAAUGAUAUCAUCAAAGAUGAUAGGAGUUCCCACUGGUUCUCAAGCCGAGCUCCAGUGUCUUGUGGAGGCUUACCCCCCGGCUAUCAACUAUUGGUUGAAAAGUGGAGAAGAAAUGAUACUCUCUGGGGGUAAGCAUGAAAUUAACGAAAUUCGUGUCUCUCCGUAUCAGACGAGGACGAUCCUAACCAUCACAGAGUUUAGAACUGAAGAUAAAGGAGCAUAUACAUGUGUUUCAACAAACACUAUGGGAAAGGCCGAAGGAACAUUAAGAUUAUAUGAAAUUAAGAUAACAACGACAACAACCACAACGACGACAACAACAACAACCACGACAACAACAACAACGACCACUCCGGCACCAAUAACUACGGAGAUGUCGACACCACCACAUUUCGUGGUGGCAUUACAACCGGCUGAGCAAAAAUUUUAUACACCAGAUGUUACGACCUACGAUACAAUGCAGAAUGUGAUCGAGCAGUCCGUUCUCGACAACAACUGGCAACCGACUGCAGAAUCAACAGCGUUCAGCUCCCAUCAAGCUUUGCCACUGCACGCUCUUGCUGCGAUCUCAGGGCUGUCACAGCUCAUAUUUUACAUUAUAUUUAGUUUGAAAAUAAAUUUUACAAUUGUAAUUGAAAAUAGAAAUCAACAAAUAAUACGCGGCGCAAGGUUAAUGUCGAAAAUUGUGAUUAGUAACAGCUAG